AACGCUACACAACAACUACUCAGCAUGACUGUUUUUUCAUUCGAAGAAAAUACAAACUGUACAAAAAACACUUCGCCAACAAACAGCAGCGACUAUGGAGUGAUUUUAUCAAGAUACUCACCAUACGAACUCCAUAUAAGCAGAUAUGCUAUACCCACAUUUGUCUGUUUAAUUGAAGGGAAAUGCAGAAAUGGCACUUUGACAGACUGGAUUACGGGAGAUUGUAAGUGGACCAAUGAAACCAUCAAAUAUUUUGAGAAUAAUGUAUGUAACAUGACCUGCCUGAAUCCCACAAAGACGUGUCAGGAGGCAAAAUAUGAUUCCAGUUGUAGUGAUAUUAAUGCAGGUGAAGCAAGUAAAAUUAACAACAUUGAGAUCCAUAAUAAAAAUGCAACUUGUUUUAAGUGUGGAAGUCCUUUUCAAGUGGUGAAAGAAGUCUCCUUACCCAAAGGAAUGUCAGAUCAAUUUAAUGCUAAUAAAACAGAAACAGAUGCUGGUGCAGCUGCUGAGGCCAUGAAAAAUCUCUCCAGCAUUCUGUCUUUGAUGGAGAAUUUGACCAUUGCCUCUAUAUCCAUGGGUAACGUUAAAGGGGUUUUAAAGAAAAUUUCUGAAAUCAAGACGUCCUACUUCAUCUACUCUUCAGAAACUGACAUCAGAGUUUUAGAUGAUGUGGGCGCCCUGAAAAAUUACCCCAGUGCUUUCAGUAUUCCAGAGGAUGCCGCUAAGAAAGCGCUCAAGCAAAACACAAAAAACGCUUUUUUGGGUGUGUUCCGCUUUCCCAACAUGACAAAGGAUGCAGAGAACAGUACAGUUUUGAAUGACGAGGUUUAUGCAAUCGAAAUGGGCGCAGAAAUUUCCAAUCUGAGUAACGCCAUCAGCUUGACCUUCAAAACAGAUCAUCAUUCUCUGCACCAGACGGGAACUCCUGUUUGUAAAUCAUGGGAUGGAAACGGACAUCAGCCAAACUGGACAACCGAAGGGUGUAGUACCCUUAUAAAAGGAGAAAAUAUAACAUGUAAAUGUGAACACUUGACUUUCUUCGCUGUGCUCAUGAUCCCUCCAAAUAAAACUCACUCCAUUUCCCAAAAUGACCUCACCGCUCUCACCUACAUCACCUACAUCGGCUGUGGCAUCUCCUUGUUUUUCCUGUCCAUUGGGCUCUUUAUGCACUUCCUCAUGAGGAAAGUGAAGGCCACUGAUUCAGUCCACGUGCUGAUUAAUCUCUUCGUGGCGCUGUUUCUGCUCAACGUGGCCUUCCUGUCAAAUGAGUACGUAGCACGUGCAAAGGACAUCACUGCCUGCAAGGUCAUGGCUGGAUUCAUGCACUACUCCUUGCUAUCCAGUUUCACCUGGUUUGGAGUGGAGGCUUUUCACCUCUGCCUGCAGAUGGCCAAACAUUCAGUCACCAUCAAACAUUACAUCAUCAAGAUCUCUGUGGUUGGCUGGGCUCCUCCUGCUCUUGUUGUCAGUAUCAUUUACGUCUUGGGCAAAUAUGGUGAGCAGACCAUAACAACAGACACAAGCAAUGUAACUAUGUGCUGGAUUUUGGACUCUGAUGUCCACUACUACGUGAACAUCGGUUAUUACUGCUUCAUCUUCAUCUUCACUUUUAGCACAUUCAUUGUUGUGCUGCGAUGGCUCUCCAUGCUGAAGCUGAGCAGGUUGAACAAGGUUGAAAAGGUGCAGCGCUCAAGAACUGCCACUUCGGACAUCACCACCAUCCUGGGCCUCUGCUGUAUGCUGGGACUCAGCUGGAGUUUUGCCUUUUUCAGCUACGGAGCUCUGCGUCUGCCCUCAUACUACAUAUUCACCAUCCUAAACUCCUUCCAAGGAUUCUUCUUGUUCAUAUAUUACUUGAAAUCAAGCAGCCUCUUAGGAGACUCAGCAGCUUCAGAAGAGAGCGACAUGACUGAAGACACCAAUACAGAAAAUCCAUACGAAGACCUGCCAACAGAAGACACCAAAAAAGCCAUCUGACCAUCACCUCUACGUCUGUGGAUUUUAAAUGUCUUAUCUGUCUAUUGAUAUUUUACAUUCAUUUGUAAUAUUAUAGU